AUGAUCCCCUCUACUUCCAACGACACCGCCCCCCUCCUCCUUCAGGAAGAAGAGCUCCUCAAGUACCACGAUACCGACGAUGACAGUACAACGACUACCAGUUCUGGUAGCAGCUACUACGACAGCGACGACAGCAGCAGCUGGGAUAGUGAGGAAGACGACGAGGAACUCGUGAAUGAAAUCACGCAGCAACUGAGCCUCAAGAAUCUUCACCUGAUCCUCGACACGGCCAAUACCGGUACCGGUACUGCCAAGUCCACGAGCAGCAGCGCCGACAAUGCUGCUGCUCCCACCCUCAAUGGCUCCGUGAUGCAAGACAUUCAAACACGCAUGAACCAGAUGAAGCACGGAGCCGUCUACAUUCAGUCCACGGCCAGUGCUACCGGCAUUGCCGGCAUGGCAGCCGGCAGUGUGGCUCCCACCAGUACUCCUCAAGGUCGACUCGAAGAAAUGCUCAAGGACAUUCGCUGCCCGCAAAAGUCGUACUCCAAGGACCAGUGGAGCAAGCACUUUUUGCCCGUGACACAAGAUCGUGUCGAUGCCUACUCUCUCGAGCUCUCCAAGCAAGUCCGGGCCGUCAACCUCUCGUAUCUUCGUGCUCCUCGUGCGUACAAUUGGGACGCCUGCAAUCGUCAAGGCGAAUCGUUGAUUCACUUAGCCGCACGACGAAGCAACCUCGAGUUGGUCGAGUUCUUGUUGCACAAGGACGCCGUUCUCAUGGUUCGCGAUGAUUACGGCAAGACACCCCUCCACGAAGCCUGUUGGAGCAAGCAACCCAACUUUGAGAUCAUUCAGUGGAUCCUCACCAAGGCACCGGCAUUGGUCUUUUGCAGGGAUGCCAGAGGUUUCGCUCCCCUCGAUUACGUGCCUCGUGAAUGCUACUCCGCGUGGACGGAAUUCCUCGAGAGCCAAAAGGUGUCCCUCCGAUUGAAUGUGCAGUUGAUGGCCUUGUAA